CUGCGACCGACCGCCACGACUGAACGCAAACCUGCAUUUUGUCCUUAGAUCCGUCUCGGGCCCUCCAGAACUGUCGCUAUUCGCGUUUAGACCCUUACGGCACUUGGAACCUCUGUGGAUAUCGUUCGCGACGACGACGACAUGUCUUUCGACCCGAUGAGCACACCGCGACCCACUCACCGUCGACAUUCUUCCUCCCUAUCUUCGCGUGCUACCUCCCAUGUCCAUACGACGACGGAGCUGCUUGAUUCCUCGCCGUCUUUUAAGCGUUACGAAGAGGAGUUUGUGACAGGGUCGUCGUCAUUCUGUACCCUACACCAAAAUACAGCGUCCAGAUUCAUGACCUCGGUGAAGCGAUCAUUAUUGGUCUCUCAUGGUUCGACCAUGAAAAAGCGACAGCCGAAUGUUUCUAAGAGUGGAAUGUAUUCUACCCCUGAAGAGAGGAACAUACCAUCAUCCUUCCGGCAACGCGACCUGUCGUCUUCACCACCGACAGUUGAACAGAUUGCAAUGGGCCUCCAUCUUUCUCGUACUCCCCAUUUGCGGCCAGCGAGGGCACAGUACCAUUCGCCAUACGGCCGAACUUCUGCGCAGGGGUCUCAGCAUCACCACGCCCAGAAUGAGACGUCUCGUCGUACGACCCCAUCCGUCGUGCUCCCUCCUCCCCCUGCUCGCUCAUCGUUAAAGAAGCCAGGUUCGACUAUAUCGUCAGCCAAUCCUGGUCUGUCCACUGCCUCUUCAACGACAGUGACGUCCAACUGCCCCUCUACGCCGCAGUCGAACCGUUCGCUUACAUCCUUGAAAAUGCGCAUGUCGCGAUUUCUACCCGGAGCCCGGUCUCUCUCAGCUCCAUCGUCCGUAAUGGGCUCCCCAGCAUCAUCGCCUCGCACAAGUACGUCAGACAUUCUGCCCCGGAAGAAGGCCGUGCGAUUU